AUGUAAUCUAUCCAAUCCUAAACAUUAUCCAUCAACUAAUACACAAUAGCUAAAAUUGAAGAAUACUUCUUUAGAUUAGAUUAAGAAGUAGAAGUAAUUUUAUUCUUCAUUUAUUUUAUAGUUAGCAUUCACAAAAAUUGAUGAAUCAAUAGACUCAAUUCUUUUCAUUCCCUUUAAAUUUGAGAUUCCUUAACUUUAAACCUAAAUUCCUUAAUUUGUUUAAUUAUCUGAAUCUGACUUUAACUUCACAUCACAAAUCCUUGAAAGCGUAAGCCAUUUAAUAAAGUAAAUGAUCUAAAAUAAAAUUAACAAAAAACAAUAAAAGUUAAAUCAAUAAGAAGAAAACCUAUUAUAAAGAGAUUCAUAAAUAAAUAAUAAUUAAGAAGAAUAUAUUAAUAAAAACAAAAAUUUUUUGGAAGAAGAUAUUGAUUCUUAAUAACUAUAAAAUAUUCAAUUUGAUAGCAUUUUGAUUGAAGGUAAUUAAGAAAAUAAUAGUAAAAUACAAAAGGAAGUGAUCUAAGUAGAUAUGUAAUAGAAAUAAUAAGAAUAAUAAUUAAUAAUCAAUUAACAAGUUGAACUUAAAUUAAUUGAUGAUUCUAAUUAAUAGAGUGGUUAUUGUUUUGCUAUAGUUUUUGAUACAACUGGAUAAAUCAUGAUUUCAUGUGAGUAUGAAAAGAUUAAAAUUUGGAAUUUUGAAUAAGGAAGAUUAAAAUUAAUUAAUACAUAUUCAGAACAUAAAGAUACUGUUACAUGUUUGGUAUAUAGCAAAGUGAGAAAUAACUUUAUUUCUGGUUCUCAUGAUAAUACUAUCAUCUGUUGGCAAUAAAUUAAUCAAAAUGACUGGAAGUGUUCAUAGCCAUUCAAAUAACAUAAUAAAACAGUUAAUUGUUUGAUGUUAAAUAAACAGGAGGAUCAACUUAUUUCAGGAGGUUGUAAUCAUUCAAUAAAAGUUUGGAAUGUAGAUUUUAUUAAGAAUGAAUUGAAUUUUCAGUAUUCAUUAGAUAAACAUAGUAAUAGUGUCGAAUCAUUCAGUUUUAAUUCAUCUGAAACUAUAUUAGUAUCAUGUGGAUAUACUGAUUUUAUCAUAUGGGAGAAAGGAGCAUAAGGAAAAUGGGAAUUUAAAUAUAGAAAAUAUGUUUCAGAUUCUGGACAUAAAAUAUAUUUAAUUAAUGAUCAACAAUUACUUUGGGUAACCUUGAGUGUUAGUGUUGAUGAUAUUUUGGUGUUUGAAAUAUAGAAUGGAAUCUUUUAAUAAAAUAUUAAUAAAACUAUCAAAUUGAAUAAGAAUAAUGAAUGUCUAGAUGAUAGCUAUUUCCCAAUUAUUCAGAAUAAAGAUAAAAAUAUAAUAUUGGUAAGACAUAAACAUUAUAUCUAUCUGAUUAGGCAAUUAAAUUAUGGCACAUUUAAUAUUACAGUAUCAUUAGAUUGUUAAAAUGAUAAGAUUUAUGGAACUAUGACCAAUAAUGGAUAGUAUUUGGUAUUUUGGGAUAAUAAAUAAAUGAAAUAUUAAUCAUAUGAGAUAUUAAAUAAAUGA